AUGUUAAUAACUCUGAUAGUGAUAUUAAUGCCAAAAGUAAUUGAAAUUAAUCCAAAUUUGAAUGAUGUUUAUGAAACAACAGAAAAUACAUGUAAUGAAACGGAUACAGAAUCUCAAUCUGAUGACAAUACUUUAAUUGCCUCUAUACUAUCUUUAUCAUGUAGUAUCUUUACGAAUUCAACUAAUCAAAGUAUAACUUCAACUAAUCAAAGUACAACUUCAACUAUUUCAACGAAAAGAGAAAAAAAUCAACAUGCAAUUAAAAACAAAACAAAAGAUCAGCUAAUUCUUUCACAAUUUGCACGUAAAUAUUUGACAACUCCUGCCACAUCAGUUUCAUCUGAACGUCUAUUUUCAGAUGUGGGAAACUUAAUUACACCUAACGAAAUCGAUUAA